UUUAAAAAGUAUAUUGAAGAAAAUAUGCGAGUUAAAACAUAAUCAGUGGCAUCGUUUCCUUCCAGCUGCACUGUUCGCCAUGAGGGAAAUUCCAAGUGAUACAACAGGUUUCUCACCAUUUGAGAUUUUAUAUGGCCGUCAAGUGAGAGGUCCCUUGACAAUAUUGAAGGAACUAUGGACAAAUUCGGAGAUGUCUGCAAAGGAAACUGAUCUUUAUUCUUUUGUUUUGGAACUACGUGAAAAGUUGUCUGAUGUUUCUGAUUUGGCUGUUCAAAACAUGAAUAUAUCUUUCAGUAAAUAUAAGUCUUAUUUUGAUUUGAAGAGUAGUAAGCGCCGAUUUAAAGCUGAAGAUGAAGUGCUUUUACUUAUUCCAGAAAAACAAGGUAAAUUGCAGUUCUCAUGGAGAGGUCCAUACAAGAUAAUUGAUAAGCAUGGUCCAGUUGACUACUGGGUAAACGUAGAGGAUGCACAGAAAGAUGAUCUUCAUAACUUAUGUCAGAAGUACAAACAUGUAUUUUCAGAUAAACCAGAUUUUGAUUGUGAGCCCAUGCCAAGCUUUGAGCAAGAUCUACAUAAGUUUGCAGAUUUUAUGUACAUUACAGAACUUGAUAUCUGCAAAGCAUAUCAUCAGAUUCCUCUAACACCAGAGAGUCGCAAGUAUACAGCCUUUGCAACUAAUCUUAGACUAAUGCAAUAUGUAAGAUUACCUUUUGGCCUUAGCACAGCUUGUGCGACGUAUAUUAGAUUAAUGAGGCAAGUAUUGAAGGUCUUUCUUUCGUAG